UAUUUUUUAAUGCAAUUCACAUCUCACCAAGGCAUUGCAAGCAAACUCUCCACUUCCAACAAUGGACUUCUUGACCUCUACACUCUAUCUUCUAUUAGCGUUGACUUCAAUUCGAGCCCUCUUUUCCUUUCUAAGAGGAACCAAAAAAUGUCCAAAGCUGCCUCCGGGACCGGUCCCAUUACCGGUGAUCGGAAACCUCCUGAAACUCGGAGACAAGUCCCACCAGUCCCUAGCCGAGCUAGCGAAAACUCACGGACCCAUCAUGAGACUGAAACUCGGCCGAGUAACCGUAGUGGUGAUAUCUUCAUCAGCCAUGGCCAAAGAAGUCCUCCAAAAGCAAGAUCUCGCCUUCUCCAACCGGUCCAUCCCCAACGCCCUCCACGCCCACGAGCAGUACAAGUACUCGGUGGUUUGGUUACCGGUCUCGAAUCGAUGGCGGAGCCUCCGGAAAAUCCUGAAUUCGAACAUAUUUUCGGGCAACAGGCUCGACGCCACCCAAGAGUUGCGGCGGCGGAAGGUGGCGGAGCUGGCGGAGUACGCCCAAAAAUGUAGCGAAGAGGGUGUUGCGAUGAAUAUUGGGAGAGCUGGUUUUAGGACGUCGAUGAAUGUGUUGUCGAAUACUAUUUUUUCGGAGGAUUUGGCAGACCCGAGGGAGGAUACGGGGAAGGAGUUUAAGGAGUUGGUAUGGAAUAUAAUGGUGGAGGCUGGGAAGCCCAACUUGGUGGAUUUUUUUCCCCGGGUGGCCAAGAUGGAUCCGCAAGGGAUAAGACGGCGGAUGACGGACUACUUUGGGAGUGUGCUUGAGCUUUUUGGGGGAUUGAUUGAUCGGAGGUUGGAGGUGAGGAGAUUUAGGAAGAGUCUGGAGGAAAAUGAUGUCAUCGAUAUUUUGCUCAAUAUUAGUGAAGAGAAUGGUGAUGAGAUCGACAGAGUUCACAUUGAGCGCUUGUGCUUGGAUCUAUUUGCAGCGGGAACAGAAACGACUUCAAGUACAUUGGAAUGGGCAAUGGCAGAACUAUUACGCAAUCCAAAGACUCUAAAAAAAGCCAAAGUCGAACUUGAACAAAUAGUUGGCAAAGGCAAACCAAUAUCAGAAUCUGAUAUUCCACACCUACCAUACUUGAGUGCUAUUGUGAAGGAAACCUUGAGGAUGCAUCCAGCAGUUCCCUUCUUAAUUCCUCGUAAAGUUGACUCAGAAGAGCAAGUUUGCGGCUACACAAUCCCAAAGGGGACGCAAGUGCUAGUAAACACUUGGGCUAUUGGCCGCGAUCAAAGCAUAUGGCCAAACCCCACCUCAUUCAUGCCAGAGAGGUUCAUGGACUCGAAGAUUGAUGUUCGAGGCUGUGAUUUUGAGCUAAUUCCAUUUGGUGCAGGUCGAAGAAUAUGUCCUGGGCUGCCAUUGGCGAUAAGGAUAAUUCCGAUGAUGUUGGGUUCGCUCAUAAACUUGUUUGAUUGGAAGCUUCAAGGUGGGAUUGAACCAAAGGACUUGGACAUGAAGGAAAAGUUUGGCAUCACAUUACAGAAGGCUCAACCUCUUCUCACUGUUCCAAUCAGUGGUUGACAACGUGUUUCUCUCCUUUUUAGUAGUAAUAAUAUUAUGGUGAUCACAUUUUCUUAUUAUCUUUCGUUUAUUAUCUCACGUGUCAUUAUUAUUUAGGUUAAUAAAUUUUAUGACUUACAUAUCUUAUUAA